CCCCAGCCGGUAAGAACGUGAAGUGCCUAAAAAUCAGCAAAUUUUUAUUUAAAAAAUAAAACCAUUAAAACUGUGAUAAGUUACAAUGAAUACUGUUAAAGAUAUCAAGAUAAACUCGAGCGUUUGGAUGAACAGGAGCUAUUCGUCGGUGCUGAAGAGCGCUCCUCUUCCUGUCCCGGGAUAUCGUGGUCCGGGACACGCUCGCCGUUUUCCGGGGUCCCAGGGUCAGGGCAAGCCCAUGGCCCCGGCUUCGUCGAAGUCAAGUGCCAAUGGCGGCCACUUUGAGGGGCCGAGCACCUCGCGUUACAGCCACUACGACCAAGCCGUGAAGGAACAGAAACGUAAGCAAGGCAACGCCUCCAUGAAUCCCGGCCGCAGUGGGGCUGCCAAGGACAGUGAGCCGUACUUCGCCAGCAACUUGAUGUACUACCCCCAUCUGCCGCAGCCACUUUGGGUGGAGAACUUCCAGACCUUUGCCGAUUUCAAGAAGGUCAUGUCGGACGGUGACCUCUCGCAGAUGGAGCCGCCCAUGCAGCAGCCGGCCAAGCCGGAGAAGGUGCAUCAGUCGCGUGGCAAAUCGGUACCCCCAGCCCAAGUUUCCCAGGAUCAACCAUCGGCCCAGGCUCCACCUCGUCAGUACUCGCUGACUCGCAACAAUGCCGCCGACGGCCCUGAGAACAGCCUGACCAAUCUUUUCCUUUCGGUCAGCAAUCAUCUGCUCCAACAGCCGGCGCAGCAGGAUCCCCUGUUGGCCCAGUUUGUGGCGCGCCAGGAGGAGGUGCGUCUCGAGGACGAUCCGAAGAAGGCGCCACGUCGUCUUCAGCCCAGCUGGUGUCCCUGCAACGAUGAGGAGGCCUACAAGGCCAGCGGCUCAUCCAAGUCCAAGCCGGAUACUCCACGUUCUUGGCGCUCGGAGGGCACUGCCCACCUGCUGCCAAAGAAGUCGGUAGCCGAGAACUCCUCGAUGACUCGCAAAGAGAAAUAAAUAAAUACUAAGAACAGGCUGAUGAAAGCCA